GCACAUCCAUAAAAAUGUCCUUUCUUCUUCUAGUCAAAAUCUCAUCUAAUUUGCUCUCUUUUUAGCUUUUUCAUCUUCUUCUGAUAAAUUGUAAUUUACCCUUUCUUCAGUGUAUCCAAUUUCAAUCAUCUCUACCAGUUAACCCAUCUCCUCAAGGAAUCAUCUUUGGGCUUUGUGCCUACUUUUAGCCACAAAUCAUUGCUAAAAAUAUGCAAAAGCCUAUUUUUUAAGUCUUUUUCAGACAAAAAUUUCUUAUUCACAAACUUGGCUUUAAUAAUACUAGCUACAAUACCCUCUAAAUUUAAAGGCUUUUUAAUUUCCACUGAAUUGAGAGAAAACAAAUCUUUUCCAAUCCAUCUUUUUAUUGAAGAUUUUUUUCAAUCCUCCAUAUAAGGGGAGGCACUGUCCCCCUUGGUUAGAGCGAGUUUACCAUAGGAUGAGUUGGCAUCAACCCUCUUUAAUCAAACAAAGGUGUCACUUCAGUACCAGUGGUGUACACCUGGUUAACUUGUUGAAGCAUUGCUCAAACCUCAGACAUAUCCAACAAACUCAUGGGAUGAUGAUCUGUAGAGGCCUUGAUCAGGAAAAUGUUCACCUUAGUCGCUUCAUUGAUUCAUGUUCUUCACUAGGUUUCUUCCAUUAUGCAUAUUCAGUUUUUACCCACAAAUCCCAACCAAAUGUUUAUCUUUAUAACACCAUGGUCAAGGCUCUAUCUCAGUCUCCCUAUCCUUCCUAUACUGUCAUUCUUUUUAACAGAAUUCAAGCAGCUGGCUUGAGACCUGACACUUAUUCAUUCCCUUUUGUGUUAAAGGCUGUUGUUAAGUUAUCAGCCCUUGAAAUUGGAAGACAGAUUCAUUGUCAAUCCAUUGGAACUGGGUUGGACUUUGAUGUUCAUGUUGUUACGGCCCUUGUUCAAAUGUAUGGUGCUUGUAAAUGCAUUUCUGAUGCUCGAAAACUGUUUGACGGAUUGAGCCUGAGAGUUGGAGAUGUUGCAUUUUGGAAUGCAAUGCUUGCAAGUUAUGCGAAGGUUGGUGAUUUGAAGAAUGCUAGAUUGUUAUUUGAGCGGAUGAGAGAAAGAAAUGUAAUUUCUUACACAACUUUGAUUGCAGGGUAUGCUCAGAUUGACCUCAAUAACGAGGCAAUUAGUAUGUUCCAGAGGAUGGUGCUUGAAAAUGUGGAGCCUGAUGAAAUUGCUUUGCUGGCUGCCCUUUCUGCUUGUGCUCAUUUGGGUGCAAUUGGGUUGGGAGAGUGCAUUCAUAACUAUAUUGAUCAACAUGGAUUGCACAAGACAAUUCCUCUUAACAAUGCGCUCGUAGACAUGUAUGCCAAGUCUGGAAACAUAGAGAAAGCUUUACAUGUAUAUAAGAAUAUGAAGAAUAAAAGUGUUAUAACAUGGACUACGAUGAUUGCUGGAUUGGCUCUGCAUGGUCUUGGCAGAGAAGCCAUUGAUAUUUUCUCUCAAAUGGAAAACUCUGGAACUAAACCAAAUGAGAUUACUUUCAUUGCCAUCCUUUCUGCUUGUAGCCAUGUUGGCUUGGUUGAAUUGGGUCGCUCUUUUUUCGACAACAUGAAGUUCAGGUAUGGGAUUGAGCCAAAGGUUGAGCACUAUGGUUGCAUGAUUGAUCUUCUCAGCCGUGCUGGUUACCUCCAAGAAGCACGGGAGCUAUUUAAAACAAUGCCAUUUGACGCUAAUGCAGCUAUAUGGGGUUCUCUUCUUGCUGCUUCCAAUAUUUAUGGCGAUGCUGAGCUUGGAGAGUGUGCUUUGCAGCAUCUGAUAGAGUUGGAGCCUCAUAAUAGUGGAAAUUAUGCACUUUUAUCAAAUAUAUAUGCUUCUCUUGGAAAGUGGAAUGAAUCUAGAAUGGUCAGAAACAUGAUGAGAAACAUAGGUGUUAAAAAGAUGCCCGGAUGGAGUUACAUCGAAGUGAAUUGCAGGGUUCAUGAAUUUAUAGCUGGAGACACAUCACAUCCUGAUUUUGACAGAAUUUACCAAGUUUUAUACAAGUUGCAUUGGAAUUUGAAGACUACUCAGCUUCUUCAUAAUGAAUCUUGCUGCCUGCUUGAAAUUGAUGACCGAUAGGGUAAUUACACUUAACAGACACACAAAUGAAAGCAGCUUCCAGUGCUUUGAUGAUUGUUAUACAAUGCAGUACCAUGUUAGUUAAAGCUACAGUAAUUCAGAUUACAGCGAUGUGUCUUUCAUUAAGGUACAGAUACAUUUGAAGACCUGAUAAAAGCCUUUUGGGAGAAUGGGAGACUUUCUCAUCAUAAGUUCUAGUAAAGAAGUUACUAGAUUUUUUUUGUUCAUGAUCAGAACUUUUGGUUCAUUAAAAUGCUUGUGCCAAGCCCAGCAACAAUCAGGUGAAGCGGGAUGCUGGAGUGCCAGGUGCAUUAUCCACUAGCAGCAGGCCAACUACGAAAUCUUGUGUUAGCAUUGUUUUCUGUGUUGUAUGAGAUGCAGAAGGGGAAUUUGGUCUUGAUUCCUCAUCAAAUAAAUCCUUCAACAUUGUUUGUGGUUUUUCAGUUAUUACUUCUGCUGUGGGUAUUUCAACUCUCUCAACAUCAGAUUGUUUCUUUGUUUUAUUAUGGCUGACAAAAGCUUCCAAUAUAAACUCACAUCUAGGCACCUUACUAUUAUGUGAUAUCUGUGUUUUUUUUGGUCCUCUCACAUAACAUUUCUGCUCUGCGAUUGCAACAGCUUGGACUAGUUUACUUCUUCGAGUACGACUUCUAGUUAAUGGUUCACUUUUUUUGGUAAAAACCAAUCAUCAUGGGUCAAAAAUUUAGUGGAGUUAACUUUUUCUUUCUUUUGACUUAUAUAUUUCUGUGUAAUUGAGGAAAGCCCUUUGACAUAUUGAAGUGCUUUGUGAUAUUUCUUGUUUCCUCGAAGUAACCAUGUUUGUGUCACCUUGCACAGUUUCUUGGCUGUAAUCAGUUUCUUAAUAUGCACCACGUUUCAUGUUCAAACCACCAAACAAGUAGAUCUGGUAGAUUUGGAAAUGCUAUGCUCUGAGUUGUAGUCUGAAUUAUUUUUUACAGGUCCUUCUCCCAAGGACUUGGCCUUUCCCUUCAACAGUAUGAAGAUCUCUUUCAAAUUUCCUUCUGCUGCAAAAAGUUGACCUCAUAAAUCCUAGCAAUAGUGACAAGGCAGCUGUAACAUCACCAAUCUAUUCCUUAACUUUGAGGUUAGGGAGUGACUCCUCUGAAGAUAAAUAGGGAACUAGUGGUUUCACUUCAAAAGAAGGGGCAGGCCUUAAGAUUAAUUUGUAAAGAAAUGAAUGAACUUCUAGCUUCAGUUAAUGAGAUUAUCAAGAUUGCAGUUCUACUGACCAACCAGGCUUGUGAACAUUAGAACCAAAGUCUACAUAAAAAAGAAGGGAAGAAAGAGAGCAGAAGGAAGGCUAGUUGGCAACAAAUUGGGAGAAACACCUGGCAACCGAAUAGGAGAAACAGAUGUCAGGCAGCAAAUGAGGCAGCAGGCUGUAAAGCAAAGAGCAGAGGCGCAUAUGCCCAAGGAUGAUACAGCACAGGUACAACAGAAUCAGGUGACCACCAGAAUAUACAAGGUUGAUGAGCUGGCAAGCUGGGAUUGGUGCAACAGGGAGGAACAGGAAAAGAGGGAUAUAGGCCGGGAGGAAGAGAGAGGGAAGGCAAGGAGCGACUUGAAGGGAAAAGGGAAAUUGGGAGAUAUACCUGCCUCUCAAAUGCAGGAGAAGUUUAGUCUUGUAGUUGAACUUGUUUCCAGUAGUUGUUCUUAUUUCCAGUUUAUUGCCAGUUAUGUAAAAAGAGUGAAAGAGUGAAUCAAACUUGGUUGUCUUUCCAUUACUGAAAAACUGCUCAAUACAAAAAUAUUCUGUUUCAA